CAGGCAUCCCCGGAGCAGGCGGCUGCCGAAGGCGUCGAGCGGUGAGGGCGCUCGGACACAGGCGUUCAGGUGGCUAGGAGCUCUGCCAGCCCUGGUGACCUUGGGUGCCUGCCUCCUGACCUUUGGUGCCUGGCUGCUGAUGUGCCUGGCCUGCAUCUGCCAUGCCGCCCUCCAUCUCGGCCUUCCAGGCCGCCUACAUUGGCAUCGAGGUGCUCAUCGCCCUGGUCUCUGUGCCCGGGAACGUGCUGGUGAUCUGGGCAGUGAAGGUGAACCAGGCUCUGCGGGAUGCCACCUUCUGCUUCAUCGUCUCGCUGGCGGUGGCUGAUGUGGCAGUGGGCGCUCUGGUCAUCCCACUCGCCAUCCUCAUCAACAUUGGGCCACGGACUUACUUCCACACCUGCCUCAUGGUCGCCUGCCCUGUCCUCAUCCUCACCCAGAGCUCCAUCCUGGCCCUGUUGGCAAUCGCCGUGGACCGCUACCUCCGCGUCAAGAUCCCCCUCCGGUACAAGACGGUGGUGACUCCCCGGAGGGCGGCGGUGGCCAUCGCUGGCUGCUGGAUUCUCUCCUUCGUGGUGGGCCUGACACCCAUGUUCGGCUGGAACAGGCUGGGGGAGGUGGAGCGGGCCUGGGCGGCCAAUGGCAGCGAGGGCGAGCCCGUGAUUGAGUGCGAGUUUGAGAAGGUCAUCAGCAUGGAGUACAUGGUCUACUUCAAUUUCUUUGUCUGGGUGCUGCCCCCGCUGCUGCUCAUGGUCCUCAUCUACCUGGAGGUCUUCUACCUGAUCCGCAAGCAGCUCAACAAGAAGGUGUCCGCCUCCUCUGGGGACCCGCAGAAGUACUACGGGAAGGAGCUGAAGAUCGCCAAGUCGCUGGCCCUCAUCCUCUUCCUCUUCGCCCUCAGCUGGCUGCCUCUGCACAUUCUGAACUGCAUCACCCUCUUUUGCCCUUCCUGCCGGAAGCCCAGCGUCCUCAUCUACAUCGCCAUCUUCCUCACUCACGGCAACUCAGCCAUGAACCCCAUCGUCUACGCCUUCCGCAUCCAGAAGUUCCGGGUCACCUUCCUUAAGAUUUGGAAUGACCAUUUCCGCUGCCAGCCCUCACCCCCCAUUGACGAGGACCCCCCAGAAGAGGGGCCCCAUGACUAGACUCCACCUUCUGCUCCCACCUGGCUGCCCACAUCGGGGGCAUCAGCCCAGUCCCACCUCCCCACUGGUCCCACUCGUGAGCCUUCCUGGCAGGGCUGUGAGGUGUGGGUGCCCUGCAGCUUGGGUCCUGGAGAAGGUUUGGGAGGGCGGUCCGUGGGGAAGGAACCAGGGAACCUGAGGAGAGGAGGAAAGUGGCUUGAGCCUUCUCAGCCGUGUGGCCAUCAUGCGGGCAGCCCAGAGCUUCGGGCUGGAUGGACCUGGGGAGCCUGAGGCUGCAAAGGGGCCAUGUGGGCUGGGAGGGCAAGCUGGGGUUCCCAUGGCAGUCGGGGGAGCCUGCUUGUCUCUGGUGGUAGUGAGGCAACCCUGGGAAGCCUAAGGAAAGGAGAGGAUCCCCUCCAAGAUGGAGGGAGGGAGAAGAACUGGACAUCGUGGUCUUGCCUUCUCUUCUUGCUGUGGGAGAAGUUGGCAGAGCCACCGAGAGGCAGGAAUCAAGGAGCCUCAGUGUCCGCCUCCCAGGACCCUGAGCUCCUAGCCAUGCUGGGUGCCUGGGUGCCUGCUCUCCCUGCCCUGGAGAGCCCAGGUUUAUACUUGGGAGAGGCAGAAAGAGCAGGUCCAGAAAUCAUUCCCAACUUUUGCUUUAUUCUCCACGAGCC